CCUGUAAAACACUUCCAGCAUCCCCUCUCCCUAGCUUCCCCCCUAUCUCUAAAAAUUUGAAGCCAUCACAUGCACCCAGCUAGACAUGGAGAACAACUAUCCCAUGCUCUUAGCGACACAGCCCUCUUCGUCUACCUCCAGCACCUACCACUUCAUGGCUACUGCUGCUGGCACAAGCAGCCAUGACCAUGAUCACCGUGUAGCACAGGAAGGACACAGCGGCAUGAUGAGCCAUGUAUCGUUCUUGGGAGAGCUCUCCAACUCCAAGGAUGGUGCAAGUCCGCCCGGCCGUGGGGAGUCGUCUGCCGGGGGAGCCGGCGAGCCGGAUCAGUCGGCUGUCGUCGCAGGGAAGAAGAAAGGCGAGAAGAAGGAGCGGCGGCCCCGGUACGCGUUCCAGACGCGCAGCCAGGUAGACAUCCUCGACGACGGCUACCGGUGGAGGAAGUACGGGCAGAAGGCCGUCAAGAACAACAAGUUCCCAAGAAGCUACUACAGGUGCACUCACCAAGGGUGCAGCGUGAAGAAGCAGGUCCAGCGGCUGUCGAGGGACGAGGGCGUGGUGGUGACGACGUACGAGGGCACCCACACCCACCAUAUCGAGAAGUCCAAUGACAACUUCGAGCACAUACUCACCCAGAUGCAGAUCUACUCCGGCCUCGGCUCAACCAUCAGCAGUGCCCACAACAUGUUUCAGUGAACUGUUCAUGCAUGCACCAUGGAAUUGUACUACUCGUUCUUUCACAGAAUAUUCUCUUAUUUGGAGGCACCAUAAUUGUACUACUCGUUCUUUCAUAUCAUAUGUGCUUGCAUGAAAGAGAAUAUGGGCACUAAGCUUUUUUAGGCCCGUGAUUAUCUAGCUUAGUGAAAACCCGCUGGCAAACUGGUUUCUUUGGUCUUACUGAACAGGGCCGGUAAGAAGGCAUGGCCAGCAAAGGGCGCCGUUGAAAAGGUUGUCAAAUUAUUGGUCCAAAUUCUUUUGUCAAACUUA